AUGCCUAGGGAGAUCAUCACAGUACAAGUAGGACAAUGCGGAAAUCAGAUUGGGAUGGAGUUUUGGAAGCAGCUGUGCGCCGAACACGGUAUCAGCAGUGAAGGAGUGCUAGAAGACUGGGCCACAGACGGGACAGAUCGUAAAGACGUGUUCUUCUACCAAGCGGACGAUGAGCAUUAUAUCCCACGUGCAGUGCUGCUGGACUUGGAGCCGCGCGUUAUCAACUCUAUCACUAAUCCUAAAGAGAGCAACUACUCCAACCUGUUUAACCCUGAGAAUAUCUACAUGUCUAAACACGGUGGUGGAGCUGGAAAUAUCUGGGCUAGUGGCUACUCACAGGGUGAGGGAUUGUACGAGGAGAUAUUCGACAUUAUAGACAGGGAGGCGGACGGGUCAGACAGUUUAGAGGGUUUUGUACUGGCUCAUUCUAUUGCUGGCGGUACUGGCUCCGGAAUGGGCAGUUACGUGUUGGAGCGGCUCAACGAUAGGUUCCCAAAGAAGUUAAUACAGACAUAUAGCGUGUUUCCACAGACUGCGGAAGCGAGCGACGUGGUAGUGCAGCCUUACAAUUCCCUUCUAACACUCAAACGACUGACUCAGAGUGCAGAUUGUGUUGUCGUCCUGGACAACACUGCUCUCAAUAGAAUAGCUUCAGAACGGUUAAAGAUUCCUAAUCCCACCCUUGAUCAGAUAAACCAACUUGUAUCGACCAUAAUGGCAGCGAGCACAACGACUUUAAGAUAUCCUGGAUAUAUGAACAACGAUUUGAUCGGUCUCAUCGCAUCCCUCAUUCCGACACCUAGACUGCACUUUUUAAUGACUGGUUACACUCCUCUGACUCUGGAUCACAAGAUUAGUAACGUGAGAAAGACGACCGUAUUGGAUGUCAUGAGGCGACUUCUGCAACCCAAAAACAUCAUGGUGUCUACCCCCAAGGACAGGCGGCACAAUCACUGUUACGUCAGCAUUCUCAACAUCAUUCAGGGAGAGGUGGACCCAACACAAGUACACAAGAGCUUACAGAGAAUCAGGGAGAGAAAGCUGGCAAACUUUAUACCGUGGGGACCAGCAAGCAUACAAGUAGCGCUGAGCAAGAAGUCCCCAUACAUCCAAACAGCUCACAGAGUAUCCGGUCUUAUGUUGGCAAAUCACACUUCUAUCUCCAGCUUAUUUGUCAAAACGUUGCAGCAAUACGAUAGACUGAAAGCGAGAGGUGCGUUCUUGGAGCAGUUUAAGAAAGAGAAGAUGUUUUCGGAGGGUCUUGAAGAAUUUGACAGCGCCCGUGAGGUAGUGCAACAGUUGAUAGACGAGUAUCAGGCAGCCACACAGGUCGACUAUAAGAUGUACUCCGGAGUGCCACAAGCGAGUACUAAAAGUGCCGAAUAGAAGAUCAUUUCCACCAUACUGGUGCUAGGGUUUGAUUAUUUCGGAUUGUUAUUGUAGCCAGUUGGCAGAUGUCCACCGAGCGAGCGAGUAUGAUGAAAAUAUUUGGAGAAUUCGAACUGACGAAAGGUGGAGUUAGAGGUGGUUGGGACUAAAAGUAGGGCAACUUUUUAACUAUUUAAGGUUUGAUUUUGAUAAAUAUACACUUUGAAGAAUUAAUAUUGUUCGACCCAUCCGGCAUAAUAAUAACAGUUAUAUUGUCCGUGUUGUAUUUUAGCUAGCUAGAUUUGAAAGACUGAUGAGGAUGAUGUCAUGAUGUGUGCGACUUUGACAAAUUCUCAAAUUUUCAUGCUAUCCUGUUUGUGAUUUUGUGAUCAGACUCAUUUAAUCAUGAAUUUCUAUUUUCUAUAACUUUGUAGUUUGUUGAAUAUUUUAGAUGCGAAAUAAUGGUUAUUUAUUAUAUGUUAAUGCUUAUGCUAUUUAUACUUCAUAUUAUUUUGUAAUCAAAAUCUUGCUUUUAUCAUUUUGAACAUUCACCGAACAG